AAACUUUUAUAAAUAAAAUUGUCAUUUGAAAGAAAUAAUUAUAAGAAAAAUGAGUAAAGAAGUUGCUGACCAAAUAAAAUCUUCAGAUCCCCAAGCGCCGGUAACAAGAAAAGGCUACUUAAUAUCAAUAAAAAGUGGUGAACCGAUUGACAUAAAGGACUCGGAUGCAUAUGGACGAUGCCGGGCAGUUACUGAGUUUGAGAAAUUAAAUCGCAUUGGUGAAGGCACAUAUGGCAUAGUUUAUAGGGCUAAAGAUACGCGAACCGAUACUGUGGUGGCUCUGAAAAAAAUGCGCAUGGAUCAAGAAAAAGAUGGAUUACCAGUCAGUGGAUUACGAGAAAUAAUGAUUCUUAAAGCAUGCCACCAUGAAAACAUAGUAAAUCUUAUCGAUGUCGUGGUUGGGAAGAGUUUGGAAAGCAUAUUCCUUGUUAUGGAAUAUUGUGAACAGGAUUUAGCAUCAUUGCUUGAUAAUAUGGCACAGCCCUUCUCAGAAUCAGAAGUCAAAUGCAUUAUUUUACAAGUUUUACAUGGUCUAGAAUAUAUGCAUUCGCGGUAUAUUAUUCAUCGUGAUUUGAAGGUGUCUAAUCUGUUAAUGACUGACAAAGGCUGCGUUAAAAUAGCUGACUUUGGCCUUGCUCGGCUUUUUGGUGAACCUACUACACCCAUGACCCCGCAAGUUGUAACACUGUGGUAUCGCUCACCUGAGCUAUUAUUAGGAUCUCCUAAUCAAACAACAGCAGUGGACAUGUGGGCGGUUGGUUGCAUUUUAGGGGAACUUCUAUCACAUAAGCCGUUGCUUCCUGGUAAUACUGAACUGGGGCAAUUAGAUUUAAUUAUAGAACUGCUUGGAACACCAUCGGAGAACAUAUGGCCAGAAUUUCCAAAAAUGCCGGCUUUAAAAAACUUUACUCUUAAGCAACAGCCUUAUAAUAAUCUGAAACCGAAGUUUCAAUAUUUAACUGCAGCCGGACUUCGGCUUUUAAAUUUUUUGUUUAUGUAUGAUCCUAAAAAAAGAGCUACUGCGGAAGAAUGUUUACAGAGCAGCUAUUUCAAGGAACCUCCAUUGCCAUGUGAUCCUAAAUUGAUGCCCACAUUUCCGCAACACCGCAAUCUAACACAUACGAAACAAACAACUAGUCAUCAAAAUGCUCCUGAACUACCAUCCAUAUCCGCGAUUCUUGGCAGCAUAUUGAAAAAACGACGCGUCGAUUAAAAUUGUAUACCAUUUAUUUUAACAUUAAAGAUUAACAAUUAAAAUUUAG